GCCACUUCCGGCACUUUCGUAAUGUCUUCUCUGUGCGGCGCGCGUGCGGGGACCAGCAGGACCGACCCUCCUCGUGUAGCAAGAAACUGAUGAAUGGGUGAAAGCGCCCGAGCCCACUUCAGAAAUAGGCGCAACGCGUUUGACUUGGAGCGACUCUACGCACUAACAAACGCGGAAGGUGCGUGCGUUGUGGCCAUGCUCAGGUAGCAGCAGCCUGCACGCUCACGAUGUCUGAUGAAGAAGAGGAGCUGCCAGCCAGGAGGGCACGGGAGGAUGAGGUUUGCCACAUCAGCGAUGAAGGCGAAGACAAUGAUGGUGAUGACGAGGAUGAGGAGAGGGUACCUGACCAGAGUCACGACAUCCCCUUCAGCUCGGAGAAUGAGACUCAGGGAGGCGAUCCGGCUGUGUGGCAGUGCACCCCUCCCCCGUCUGCCUCACCUUCGGGGGAGACGCCGGCACACCCUCCUCCCACCCAGCCCGCGGCCAGGCCCCGCUCCAGACCGGCCAGCCAAAGUCCCUCCCCUCCCUCGGCCCUGACGGGAACCAAGAAGAGGGCGUCCAAACCGACGCACAUGAGGCGCAACAUCAGGAAGUUACUGAGGGAGCAUCAGUUGGAGGCAGUGACCAAAGCUGCCCAGCAGGAAGAGCUAGAGAGGAGGCGGCGUCUGGAGCAGCAAAGGAAACAGGAUUUCGACGCAUCGCUGGUGCCCGAGUACACAACUGGCGACGUGACAAAGCACGUGUCCGCGGCGUCGGCGGCGUCGCUGCGGGACGCGAAGUCAGCGAGACGGGAGGUGAUCUGCCUGGACUCCAGCAGCACCGGCAUCAGCGAAGACGAGAGCAAGGCCGACGCGCAGCACGGCAGCUCCUCCGUUCCUGCCGAGCUCACGCACAAAGCAGAUGUCAUCGACCUGAGCUCCGGUGAGGACGACGCCGUCGUCCACGUCAGCAGCGAGUCCACCAACGAGGAAGAAGAGAGCGAGGCGAGCGGCGUGCACGCCAACGACGUCCUCAACCAGCAGGACGCUCGGGGCCGGGUGCUGGUCAACGUGAACCACCCGGCUGCGGAGGAGGACAUCUUCCUGUCUCCACAGCUGGCCCGAGCCGUCAAACCCCACCAGAUUGGUGGAAUCCGUUUCCUCUACGACAACCUGGUGGAGUCGGUGGAGCGCUUCAGCGGCAGCACCGGCUUCGGCUGCAUCCUCGCUCACAGCAUGGGCCUGGGCAAAACGCUGCAGGUCAUCUCCUUCAUCGACGCCCUGUUCAGACACACGCAGGCCCACACCGUGCUCGCCAUCGUACCUGUGAACACGCUGCAGAACUGGCUGUCGGAGUUCAACACGUGGGUCCCGCCCCCCGAGGCAUUACCUCCAGACACUGACCCGGCAUUGGUGACCCCUCGCACCUUUAAGGUCCACAUUCUCAAUGAUGAGCACAAGAACACGACCACCAGGGCCAAGGUGGUGGAGGACUGGGCUCGGGAUGGAGGGGUGCUGCUGAUGGGCUACGAGAUGUACCGCCUCCUGUCGCUGAAGAAGAGCUUCGUGGCUGGGAGGAAGAAGAAGAGCAAGAAAACAGCCGGCCCCGUCGUCAUCGACCUGGAUGAGGAGGACAGGCAGCAGGAACUGCUCAAAGGUAUCGAGCGAGCCUUGGCUCGGCCCGGCCCCGAUGUGGUGAUCUGUGACGAAGGCCACCGCAUUAAGAACUGUCACGCCAGCACGUCCCAGGCCCUGAAGAACAUCCGCACCCGGCGCCGCGUGGUCCUCACCGGCUACCCGCUGCAGAACAACCUCAUCGAGUACUGGUGCAUGGUCGACUUCGUCCGGCCCGACUUCUUAGGUACGCGGCAGGAGUUCAGCAACAUGUUUGAGCGUCCCAUUCUGAACGGGCAGUGUGUGGACAGCACGCCGCAGGACGUCCAGCUGAUGAGGUACCGGAGCCACGUCCUGCACAGCCUGCUGGAGGGCUUCGUACAGAGGCGAGGCCACGAUGUCCUGAGGGACCAGCUGCCGUCCAAGGAGGAGCAUGUGAUGCUGGUGCGUCUGUCUCCGCUGCAGCGGGCGCUGUACACGGAGUUCAUGAACCGCUUCAGAGAGGCGGGCAACACCGGCUGGCUCAGCCUCAACCCGCUGAAGGCCUUCUGCGUGUGCUGCAAGAUUUGGAACCAUCCAGACGUUCUGUACGAGGCCUUGCAGAAGGAAAAUCUGGCAGGCGACCAGGACCUGGAUCUGGAUGACAUCACGUCCGCAGGACCUGCCCGGUGUCCAGCUGUGCCCAACCAAAAAGCCAAGCCCCUGGAGAAUCCCAACCCGAUCGGUGGACUGAGUCUCAAUCAGCUGCAGGAGAAGGCCAACCAGGUCAUCACAUACGAAUGGGCAAAAGAAAUCAUGUGCGACUACAAACCCGGCGUCCUGGAGAACUCGGCCAAGAUGGUGUUGCUUUUCCAUUUGAUAGAGGAGAGCGUCAGAAAGGGAGACAAAGUCCUCGUCUUCAGUCAGAGUUUGUCCACGCUGACGGUGAUUGAGGAAUUCCUGGCUAAGAGAACGGUACCUCCCUCACCAAAUGCAUCAGACAGAGAGAGAACCUCCCAGAACUGGGUCCGCAAUCUCAAUUACUACAGACUGGAUGGAAGUACGACGGCAUCAGAGAGAGAGAGACUAAUAAACCAGUUCAAUGAUCCAUCCAACACCUCAGCGUGGGUCUUCCUACUGUCAACCAGGGCUGGUUGUCUGGGCGUGAACCUGAUCGGGGCAAACCGCGUGGUCGUCUUCGACGCCUCCUGGAACCCGUGCCACGACGCCCAGGCCGUGUGCCGCGUCUACCGCUACGGCCAGCGGAAGCCGUGUCACAUUUACCGGCUGGUGUGCGACUUCACGCUGGAGAAGAAGAUCUACGACCGUCAGAUCUCCAAACAGGGCAUGUCAGACCGGGUGGUGGAUGACCUCAACCCCGUGCUGACUUUCACCAGGAGGGAGGUGGACUCUCUCCUCCACUUCGUGGAGGAGGAGCCCGACCCCUCCCAGGUGCAGCUCGAGCCCCAGGACGGCGUGGAGAGCGUGCUCGGGAAGGCGCUGCACCUCUAUCCCCACCUCAUCACCAAGCAACCGUUCCCCCACGAGUCCCUGCUGCUGGACCGCAGAGAGCUGAAGCUCAGCAGCGCCGAGAAGAAAGCCGCUAGGAAGGGCUACGAGGAGGAGAAGAGGGCCUCGGUGCCGUACACACGGCCCUCCUAUGCCCAUUACUACCCCGCCAGUGACCAGAGCCUCACCAACAUCCCCGCCUUCAGCCAGAGGAACUGGCGCCCUCCUCCUCGUCCUGAGGUGAAACCAGUGUCGCGUGUUCGGCCGGUCCAGUCUACCCCGGUUCCUAUGGUUCCCAGACAGUCCUCAUCUGGAUCUGCCCCGGGCGGAGGCUCGUCGGGGUCCAGCCUUGGAGGGUUCCCUGUGAACUGCCUGCAAAAGGCGGGCGUGUUUGUACAGAAGAUCGUCACCACUACUGACAUCGUGAUCCCAGGCACCAACAGUUCAACGGAUGUUCAGGCCAGAAUCACUGCUGGGGAAAGCAUCCACAUCAUCAGAGGCACCAAAGGGACUUACAUCAGAACGUCUGACGGGCGAAUCUUUGCCAUCAGAGCAGCUAAUAAGGCAAAGGCAGCAGAGGACGGCACCACAGCGCCACCCAAAGACUCGCACGUUCCACCCGAGGACGUGUCAGCCGGCGCCAGCAAUGGUUGCGUGUCACCUGACAACAAGACUGCGCCUCGUCCCCUUUCGCCGGACAGCCCCGAGAUCAUCAGCGAGCUGCAGCACUACGCGGGCGCCAUGGCAGCCGGGCCCGACCGAGAGGGCGCUCAGACCCAUAGUGCUGCAGAGAGCAACGGGACCCGCCGGUCCUCCCCCCCGCUGCUUCAGGCCAGCGGCGGCGGCGACCCCCCCAGCGGCACACUGAGCCGCCACGACGCGCCCGUGACCAAUGUAAUCCAGCCCAACAUGGAUGCCACCGCUGCCCAGGACCUGAGAACGGGCUGCAAGCGCAAAGCCUCCACCCCGUCGCUGGACGAGCGGCCCGGCAAGCACCCCUGCGCCAGCAAGCACUCCUCGGCCCCGGUGGCCUCGCAAGGCUUCCCCUUCACCGGCGGCUUCGGCCUCCCCCCCCUGGGCCUCAACCCCGCCAUGCUGAGUGCGUCGCUGGGGCACCCGCUCUUCAUGGGAGCAGGCUCGCCUUAUUUCCAGCCGCCCCACACUCAGCUAGGGGACCCCUGCUACAUGUACCCAGAUAUGUAUGGCUUAGGCGGCGCCAACACAGUCCCCGCCUCCUCCUCCUCCACCUCCCUGACAACCAGCGCUGUUGCCGUCUCGUCCGCCUCCUCCUCCUCCUCCUCCUCAGCUUCUGCAUCCAUUAAAGCUGCCAGUUCACUCCCAGGGGCCCUGCCGCCGUUCUUGCUAAGCCCGAGCAUGACGGGCAUGGCUGGGAUGCUCCCGUCGGGGUUCCCCCUCUCUUACAACCCAUCUCUGGCCAGCCUGUACACAGGGUCCAUGCUCCCCGGGGGGCUGCCGGGCCCAGCUGCAACCCCCGGUCCAGCCGGAGCCAGCUUCCUGUCCCAGUACCCUCCGGCUGCCGCCUCCAGCUCCUGCUCCUCCUCCCCUUCCUCCUUCUCCCCCUCAGCCCGCUCCGAAGGCCAACGCGGCCCAGUGUUGGUGAACGGCGGGAACGUUAGCAGCGCCUGCAGCUCGGAUGACGACGAUGAUGUCAUUGAGGUCAAAGGACAAUGACUGAUGACGGUGAAGUAUAUGGCUGCGUAAAAACGCCUGAAAGUUUUACAGUUAUAAUUUGGGAUGGCAGCCUAGAUGCCGUUAUGCGCGCUUCAAAGGGCCCAUGGCCGAAGACUUUAGGGAAACGAUAGAAGUGAUGACAACUGAGCCCCUGCCUAAGUUUCUACUGCCUGGAAGAAUCGACAUGAAUGAAGAUUGAUCAUGGACAGACUGACAAAUCUUUGUGCUGAGUAUCUGAAGAUGAAACCUGAGGAAGAACACUGCUUCAGAGAGGCGACAAAAUAAAAGCUGGGCUUCCUGGUUUUGUCCAACAUUGGCACACAAACGAAUACUAAUUUGAAAUACCGAUCACUGGACUUCAUACUGCUGAGCGUGGCCCUGCAGUGACCACAAACGGCCACUAGUUGUACUGUUGACCUUAGAUAUUAGAUACGCAGCUUUGCUAAACGUCAAGUCGGGGUUGUUACUUUUUGUUUCAGCUAAAUAAAAAGUUGAUUUUAGAAUGGAAGCGCUUAUAAAAGAUUAAAAGUUUCCUAGUUAAAUUAGCAGUAACAUUUGUUCAGUUUUAGUAUCUGAAAUGUUUGUCACUUGUUAAAUAUUGCUACUGAAUAUUUCCUAAAAGGGUUAAGAGAUCCAACCAGAACUCGUAGAAAGCAUUUAGAAUGAACAUAAUAUUUCACUGCCAGGACGGGGAAUGGUACGUUUUUGUUCUUGAAGAAAACAAAAAAAGCAGCAGUUGAGACUUCUUGAGGGCGACUUUAAAGAUUAAUGAAACCUUAAAACUCUACUGAACGAAUGUAUGCUUAAUCAAAUGCCUUUAAACCAGGCCUUUUCGAAACAGACAUCAGAUGUGGGAAGAUCUGAUUUUUUUUUCUUUUUUUGUGUGUGUUUUCUAUUUAUGUGAUCUCUCUUACUUUAUAAAGAAAUCCAUUGCCUAAAAACAGCCAGGUGAAAAUGAGGAAAAAAACUGUGUUCUAAUGAGGUGUCCUCCUCGUAGCGGAGAAACAACCAAGAGAAAAUGCCUUUCUGCCUCCAUCUUUCUGAAUGUUAACUGUGAGAGAGGCGAGGUGAAGAGAGGGACGGUGGCGUGGCUCUCUGAUCCUCACCCGCAGUCUUACUGUAGCCUAGUGAAAAACGAUGCAAAACAUUCACGCAAGCCUAUAUAUGUCUCCAUUCAAACCCCAGAAGAACUGUGCUCGCCGAUUCGGCUUCGCUUGUGUCGCCGCCGUGCUCACGCUCAAGCUCGAGCUCGUUACUCGGCCCCGUUCCUUAUCCGGACGCAGAUCCCAGCUUUGGCUCCGCUGCUUCUCUCACUCGUCUCGUUUUGUGAACCGAGGUCAAUGCGAAACCAAACCUCCUCCUCUGUCAUCAUCUUCUUUUGCCAAAAACCAGUACAUAUGGAUCAGCGACCGCUAUCCAAGGGAACGUGUCUAAAAAGAGACCAAAUGAUGCUGGCGUAGAGCAGAAUUAACACCCGCUACAGCAUCCCCCUCACUGACAUAUAAACAUAUCCAUCUCUCUGUAUGACCUUGCAGGCAGCACUGCACACUGUAAAAGAGACACUAAUCUGUAUACGUCUGUAGACUGGCUGAAUGCUUGUGACCAAGCUCCCUUUAGAUGACUCAUCAUCAUAAUGCCUGUCCCACUGGUCCCGUCUAUCGCACAGAUCCACCUGUUACGUCCGGUAUGUCCUCGCGUGGAACGUCUUCUCCUCCAAACUGGCUGCAGCGAGACCUUUCGAAACCACCACCAGCUGUUUAGUUGGAAACAAAUCAUCAAGCAAAUACAACAUUUCCUGAUCUUUCGCUUCCAUAUAUUUGUUCUUCAUACUGAAAUUGUUUAGUUUACUUAUGAUGCGCUUUUGUUUUCUUUUGAAUUUACCAAAUUAAUUUAUUUAUGACUGUUCAUAUUUAUUCCUUUGUAUUUUUGUAUGUUUUUGUUGCUUUUCUUUAUUUUGUUUUUCAUUUUUUUAUUUGUCAUGUUGUUACUACAGAUGGGAAACUUUUUGUUAACAGCAGAUUGCCAGUCUGACCCAGUACAUGUGAACUUGUGCAGGACUUGCAUGUGGACCAACUAAUGAGUACAUUACUGUACAAUUAUAUCAAGUAAAGCUAUCUAAAAAAGGACAGUUUUAAAGUGGACAUUGUAUCUCUUUUACAGUAACUUUGGGUUUAAAGAGGAAAGAUAGGCCAUCCCUGAUGUCCCAUCCUGAUGGUGAGCACAGGUUACCUUGUUUUGAUGUGAAUAACAUGAGCCAUUUCUGUGCAUGUACAUUAAGUUCACUCAAGUCAUGGGUCAGAUUUUAAGGCAGUUCAAAUAUUCAUCAGCUGAAACGGAAAAACAGAUGAUAUCAAGUGCUUUUAUGUCAUCAUAUCAUCACAGAUGUCCACCUGUGUCGUCGCUGAUGGCAAACGAGCUAGUUUUCCCACACUGAACUGUUUAGUUGUCAGCUCAGCGUUUACUGCGCUGACGGUUAUUUUACAGCUUCCUACUUGAAUUUACGUAUUUUAUUUAAACAAGUCCACUCAGCAGACAAGCCGAGUCUACUGUCUGAAUUCCAGUUUGCAGAGGAGACGAUUGAAGCUGCUGUCGUUGAGGACUGGCUCGCGUCAAAGUCUGUUGUGUUGUUUAUUGAUGUGUGUAUGACCUUAAAUUACUUUUACAUCCUUUUUGUUUUCUUUUUUGAAGUUUGUAAAUAAAAAUGUUCUAAAUAACA